AUGGGUUACAUGUACCUUGCUCUUCCUCUCCUACUCCUGCUGUCUCAACGCAUUUCUUCUCGUUCUGAUCAAUUGGGCUACAUUAAAUCCGGAACAAUGCCUUUACAAGCGACCUAUGGACGGAAUACUAGGGGCUAUGGUUUAAUAUUAUUUUCUCGAAAAUCUGAUUCAGGUGCGGCUUGGAAAUACACUGAGCACAUCGGCUACAUCUUCACAACCGACACUGAAGUGGAGAGCUUCCCGAUCUUCACUGUACACUGUUAUGAUGAUCGUUUCAACACCACUGAAUUUGUCAGCCAGUACGGCUUGAAGGAUCCUGUGGCCGGUAGCUUCUUCAGAGCCCAAUUCGAACCGAAAUAA